GACACACAGGAGGUGCCCUGGCAUGGAAUAAGCCAAGAUACAGCCUAGCCUGCGCAGGAGUACGCGGUCUUAAAGUUUUGCGGGACAAGGGUGACCCAACCCGGGAGAUCAGACACACGAUGUGCAGGUGUGCCACUUGGGUAAUGUGCGUGGUGAUUUUGUCCCAUAUUCUCCUUGGUACCAAGACACAAGGCCCUAGUCGGUUGCGCCUUACGGUACUCUCGGAGGACAGACUACAGAUGAAAUGGAAAGACUCGGAGGGGUCCACCGGUGGAUAUAAAGUCUUGGUGAAACCCGUGGCAGGAGAUCCUGAACAGGAAGUAAUGCUAAAAACCAAAACCCCAAAAGUGACAGUGGGGGGUUUACAUCCCGAGAAGGAGUACGUUCUGCAAAUCCACGUCAUUCAGGGGACAAAGGACUCCAUCAUUGCCAAAAAGAGAUUUAUUAUAGAGGACCUAAAAUCUCAGCUUAGAAAUAGCAGGAGGAGGUCAGAUGACGGGACUGCAGUCCCUCAGAUCGGUGACGUGGAGCCAUCAAAGGGAAACUCGACGGGUAGAGAAAGAGCGAGCGAGGAGGAGCAGUUUGUGAUUUUGUCCGGAGGAGGGUCAGAUGGGAAGAAAUCGAGUCCUGCAAACAGCACCCUGACUCCUAGACCCACAUAUAGGAGCCUCGUAAAGCUGGAGAGAGAGGUGUCUGCUACUUAUAGCCCCUCAAAGAGAGAUGUCAUGCGUCUCUGUGACACUGCCACUGAGUGGGACAUCGUGAUCCUCGUAGACAGUUCGUGGAGCGUAGGACGGACCAAUUUCAGACUGGUGAAGAAUUUCCUGGGGGGGAUACUCAGCCCACUGCAUGUCUCCCGAGAUAAGAUACGCAUUGGAUUAUCUCAGUAUAGCGGGGAGCCACAGACUGAAUGGGAUCUCAACACUUUUUCAUCAAAAGCUGAAGUGUUUGAUGCUUUGAAAAAAUUAAGAUAUAAAGGAGGAAACACAUUUACAGGUCUGGCGUUAACACAUGUCCUGGAAGAAAAUCUGAGAGCAGCUUCAGGUGCCCGUGGCCAAGCUGGUAAAGUACUCAUUCUCCUGACAGAUGGCAAGUCACAGGAUGAUGCUAUCACAGUGUCACAAACCCUGAAAGAUGCCGGGAUUUUUAUUUUCACUAUCGGAGUAAAGAAUGCAGAUGAGUCAGAGCUUAGAGAGGUGGCAUCUGAGCCAACAGAUCUGACUGUUCACAUGGUCGCGGACUUCCCACUGCUCUUCUCCCUGGUUGGGGACGUCUCUCGGGCUCUCUGCAUGAGGCUGAAGGAGAGAAGAAGGGAGUUGGGGUCUCAGAAUGUGGGUCUCCAGGAUAACACAGAUCCUCACCCCAGCCCCACACACCUGGUUGUCUCGGAUGUAACUGCAAAGAGCAUGCGCCUGUCCUGGACACCCCCACAGCAGCCCGUCCGCAAGUACCGCAUUGUGUACUACCCGUCGCGAGGGGGAAACCCUCAGGAGGUGGUGCUAGAUGGAUCCUCCUCUUCUGCGGUUCUUGUGAACCUGACAUCUCGCACAGAUUACCUGGUAUCGGUCUUCCCAAUUUACAGCAGUGGCGUGGGCUCUGGACUGCGUGGGAUCACUUCCACCUUGCCUCUGCCUUCCCCUCGCUCGUUCUCUGUGGACCGUGUUACAGAUUCCUCUAUUGAUCUGCAUUGGCAGGUGUCCGAGACCGAAGCAGAGUAUGUAGUGACCUGCAUGGCAGAGUCUGAGCAAGACCGGACAGCACGAGAGGUCAAAUUGGGGGACACAAGCGUCCAUUUUUCCGGCUUGUCACCGAGCACGCUCUAUACGUUUAUGCUCUACGCCACGUCCGGGAACGGAAGCAGUGAUCCUGUCUCUUUACAGCAGAUGACAGAACCAGCCAACACCCUCCGAAACCUGCACUUCACCAAUAUCACUCACAGCAGCGUCACGUUGCACUGGGAAUCAGAGUCACCCAACAGGAGAGAUGUGCGCGUCACUUACGUGUCCCACACAGGCCUUGCAAAUAGUGGAGAGGUUAACAUCCCGGGAGACUCGUCCAUGGUGGCCAUCACGUCUUUGGCAUCACAGACCUUGUACACAGUGAGUGUGACCUCUUCCUUGAGUGGACCGAAGACCACAGCCUCCCUGAGUGGGAAUUUUACAACCUUGAAGGUUCCUCCUCCAAAAGGUCUUAAAGUGACAGACCUCACCGGUGACAGCGCCAGCGCCGUGUGGGAGCCCAGUGCAGAUGAUGUCACCUCUUACCUCAUCAAGUGGAUUCCCCUGAGUGGGGGGAGACUCAGCCAGAUCUCAGUCUCUGGAGGGGAGCAUAAAACAUUGCUGUCGGGAAUGGUGUUCGGCACGAAGUAUCAGGUGUCCGUCUCGGCUCGCUAUCUGGAUGGGAUGCAGAGCGACGCAGUCUCCGUCAGGUACAGCACAGGGUUUGCACCAGGAAAGCUUCCUGCAGCGCGCGGUGGAUUUACUACAGUCCGGGCUGAAGGGGUUUGUUCUCCAGUGCAAGAUCUGGGUGGAGCAGAGAGCGCUAUGGGGUACGACCUAAUGGCUGCGUUCGGCCUGGGUGAGCGCCAUUACUCUUCGAUUUUUGGCGUUUCCAUCGAUGCAUUUGUCCUACGAAGAUCCAGGAUUUUUACCAUUGCAGAGAAUACGCAGCUGACCAUAUGGACCAGAGAGAUGCAUCCACAUGGUUUCCCCUCUGAGCAUACAAUUGUCUUCCUCUUCCGCCUGCCCUCCCACUCUGCUCAGGAGCCCUUUGCUGUGUGGCAAGUUGUUGACGAGGACUUCCAGCCUGUACUGGGGAUCGUUCUGGACCCAUCUAAUAAAGCACUGAGCUAUUUCAGUCCAGAUUCUGAUGGUGGCACCCAGGAGGUUACAUUCCAACAACAGGAAGUGGAGAAAAUUUUCUUCGGCAGUUUUCACAAGGUCCAUGUGUCUGUAAGUGCAAGAACUGUCCGUCUGUACGUGGACUGCCAGAAGAUAGCCCAGAAACCCAUUAAAGAAAUGGGAAAAGUGACAACCUUGGGUUUUGAGAUUCUUGGGAAAUUGACCAAAACUCGAGGUCCAAGGAGUGGUUCUGCAGCUCUCCAGCUCCAGUCCCUGCAGAUAUUGUGCGGUGGAGAAUGGCCAGAAAAGGAUCAAUGUUGUGAUGUCCCAUCUAAGAGAGAUGACGAUGCCUGCCCUACUCCACCCUCUGCCUGUAUCUGCACCUCUAAUGUACAAGGACCACCCGGGCUCCCUGGACCACCAGGACCUUCCGGAGCUCGAGGACCAAAAGGAGAGCAAGGGGAAGUGGGACCUGUGGGUGAACCUGGACCUGUUGGAGCGUGGGGCCCGGAGGGUCUAGGUGGCCACAUGGGAUACCCUGGUCUGCGUGGGAUGUCCGUUACAGGGCCAAUGGGGCCUCCUGGAAGGAAAGGAGAGAAAGGGGACACAGGGAGCCCUGGGUUACAGGGUCCCCCUGGUCCCGAGGGACUAUCCGGGAGAGAUGGAGUGGCUGGACCCAAGGGAAUAAGAGGUGUAGAGGGAACAACUGGGCUUCCUGGACCUCCUGGACCCAGGGGGAUACAAGGAAUUCCUGGUACAAAGGGCGUCCCUGGGGACAAGGGUUCUGUUGGAGAUGUUGGGCCAACGGGUCUUCCGGGCACCAGAGGAGAAAAGGGCGAAAAGGGAGAGCCUCAGUCAGUGGCUACUAUUUACCAUUUGGUCAAUCAGGUGUGCGAGCGUCUUAUUCAAGCCCACAUGGUCAAGCUGGAUACGGUUCUUGGAGAACGGGAGAUGCCACCAGUUCCUCAGUGGGAUGAGAACAAUUUUAGAGGAGAUCCAGGGGACCCAGGAGCACAGGGACCUCCGGGAGAAAGUGGGGAAGCUGGUACAAAUGGGGUGCCAGGAGUACCAGGUUCCAAUGGCUAUCGUGGGGCUCGAGGGAUGAAAGGACAUAAAGGAGAAAAGGGAGGUAUUGGCCACAGUGAAGAAGGUCAUUUCGGACCACCAGGAGAGUCAGGAGUCCCAGGUAGGGAAAUAUUUGGAGACUCUGGCCCUCCUGGUGACCCUGGAGUCCCUGGUGUUUAUGGACCUUCCGGGAUGCCUGGUAAAAUUGGACCUCCUGGUCCCCCUGGGAGUUGUGAGCCCUCGCCCUGCAAUGUGGCAGACACUGGGGGAGUCGACUAUCUAAUACCCUGAGUGACUCUGUAUCUCCAGCACACGGCUGGGGCCCAAUGUCUUUCCACAACUUCCCGUGAACAUGUCCAGAGGGCUAUCUAUCAUUGUCGCCUGGUCUGAAAGAUGGAAGAUUUUCUCCACAUUUGUCCACAGGGCCGGGAUCCACAUAUACCAUGUCAUGUAUCCUGUAAACUAGAUUUACAGGGCCGGGGGUCCACGUAUACCAUGUCACGUAUCACGUAAACUAGAUUUACAGGGCCGGGGGUCCACAUAUACCAUGUCACGUAUCAUGUAAAUUAGAUUUACAGGGCCGGGGGUCCACAUAUACCAUGUCACGUAUCAUGUAAACUAGAUUUACAGUGCCGGGGUCCACGUAUACCAUGUCACGUAUCAUGUCAAUUAGAUUAACAGGGCCAGGGGUCCACGUAUACCAUGUCACAUAUCAUGUAAACUAGAUUUAAAGGGACGGGAUCCGCGUAUACCAUGUCACAUAUCAUGUAAACUAGAUUUACGGGGCCGGGGACCAGGUGAUUAUUUGAUGCUAUUUUUAGGAUGAUAAUCUAAUUUAUAAUAAAUGUAUCCAGCUACCUGAUGCAAUACGCUGUAUUUAGAAUAUAUGAGCUGUGUUUGCAGACUAUUUGCACUGUCAAUUAUACGCUGCAAAAAUAAACCAUAUUUUUCUUUU